AUGCUCAAUUAUUUUGUUAAUGUCUUCAUUUUUCCGCUGAUUUGUUCUGAAGAUUUUAUAGACUUGAAAUUCGGUGAUUCAUUCAAAGAAUGGAUCACAAAAGGAAAUCUAUCCACAACAUUGUUCCGCGUGGUCCUUGACAUCCCAAAUCCGGUAAGGUUUCUCUGAUUUUUAUUUAGAACAUUGACCCGUUACCUGAUUUCAGAUGUUUGUUGUGGAUUCAAACUAUGAUUUUAAAAAAACUGAUAAAAUUAUUCAGGAACAUGUACAGUAAAUAAAAAUUACAACUAUACAUAAUUUAAGAGACCAUCCGGAUUUCAAAGCUACCAAUGGAUAUAUACACCGUUAUGUUCUCAGCAAAAAGUAUUGGACGAUGAUAAAAACGUUAAGCGCCGUCCUCUGAACUCAAAAAUGUCAUACGUUUUUAUAUCAAUUGGAUAUUCGAUUAUAUGGUAAUGACAUCUGAACAUUUUAGGGAUAGAAAUCCCAUUUAACUUGGAAGAAUAUAUUUUCUUCGUAAAUCAAAUUAAAAACCUAUAGGUAUAACAUAUAGCGUUAAAAACAAUUGACUUUUCUAUAAAAAAAAGAGCUGCUCUUUUUUCACAGUUUCUGCAAUUUUAAAUGACUGAGGAUUCAAUAGUUCGAUGAAAUUUGUUCGAGGCAAUUAUCUUAAUAUUUAAAACCUAAACUUUUUGGAAAGGUAUCCAUUUGUUAUAUUUCCUGUUAAUAAAUUGAAAUUUUCAGUUCAAUAUUAACAUUCUUGCAUUCUGGAAUAUCUGGUCAUUCAGCCAUCUACUUUUCAAGGACAACUAGUUGUUUAUCUAUUCUAUUAUAAUAUAUUAUUCAAAAAAUCCGUUUUGAAUUGAGUUCUUUCACUCUAUCGUAUGCAAUCAGAUGUCUCUUGCUCAUCGUAUUUCUUGUUUUAUUUCAAACGUUGAAUCGCUACUUUGCAAACUUUGCCAGUCCAUUUAAUUUUUAUGUGAGUACAAAUUUAAAUGUUUGUGAUCGAUAUACCGUAUUUCCUCUAUUAGUCUUGCAUCCUCUAUUAGUAUUGCAGUCUCUAAUAGUCUUGCACUCGACUUUUUUUCCAGUCCAGCAAUAUCUUGCAUAG